UUUAAUAUUAACGACAACGACAAUCAGCUGUUUCCUUAACAACAUUAAUCGCGGGGCGAAUCGAAAGCGUCCCGAUCCCAAAAAAUGGCCCAGUUCGAGAAGGAAAUCGUGCAGGCGGUCCUGAUUGCCGACAACAAUGUGUGGAACUUCAAGCCGCUCUCCGACGAGGGCUCCACGGCUCUGCUGCCGCUGGUGAAUGUGAGCAUGCUGGACUAUGCGCUCAUCGCCCUCAACCGCAGCGGCGUGGAGGAGGUCUUUGUGUACGCCAGCCUCUACCUGCAGGAUGUCCGGGAUCAUAUCAAGGCGGGCAUUGCCACGUACGCCUCGUGGUCCUUCAAGAUGACGGUGCAUGUGAUUGGCGGCGAGGGAUGUCGCUGCUUUGGCGAUGCCAUGCGAGAUUUGGAUGCCAAGGCUCUGAUUCGGGGAAACUUCAUACUGCUGGGCGCGGACACGGUAACAAAUGCCGACCUGCGGCCGGUGCUGGAGCAGCACAAGCGGCAGGCCAAGUUCGACAAGGGCACGGCCGCCACGCUGGUGUUCAAGGAGUGCUCCAAUAAUGUGCGCACAGGCAACGAGCUGCUCAUUGCCGUCGAUCGUCGCAACGAUCGGUUGCACUACCAUCAGCGUUUGAAGGUGCACCAGAAGGAGUCUCGCUACCAAAUCCCUUUAGACAUCUUCCUGGGCAACUCCUGCGUGGCGCUCCAUCACAAUCUGCUCGAUCCACAGAUAGCCAUCGGAUCGCCGUCCAUGUUAUCGCUGUUCAGCGAUAACUUUGACUUCCAGACCCGCGACGACUUUGUGCGCGGCCUGCUGAUCAACGAGGAGCUGCUGGACAGUAGGAUCUAUGUGGCCCUCCUGCCGGCGGCCCAGUAUGCACACAAGGUGAACAGCUGGCCGGCGUAUCAGCUGGUCAGCCGGGACAUCAUCAACCGUUGGGCCUAUCCACUGGUACCCGACAUGGGCGUCUACAGACUGCAGCAGCAGUAUGUCUUCCACAAGGACAACAUCUACAAGAGCCACGAGGCGCACGUGUCCAAGGUGGCGCUGCAUGAGAAUGUGGUGAUUCAGGCGGGCAGCCACGUGGACAGCGGCUCGGUGAUCAGCGACAGCGUCAUUGGGCUCAACUGCCGCAUCGGCAAGAACUGUCGGCUGACCAAUGUCUUCCUGAUGGCCAAUGUCACCGUCAAGGACAAUUGCCGGCUGGAGCACUGCGUCCUGGGUGAGGGUGCCAUUGUCAACGAGGACUGCGAUGUGAGCGCCGGUUGUGUGCUUGGCGCCAAGAGUGUUCUGCCGGCAAAGACGAAGCUGGCCAAGACUCUGAUCACCAGCACGCCCACCACACAGCUUACCGAUGACCAGGAGCAGCAGGAGGCGCCAGUGGAACUGCAGUCUCUGGGUCCUCAUGCCUUCAUCAUCAGCGAUCUGACCACCGGGGAUCCCGAGGACUCUGAUGGGGACGACUUCCUGCCACAGCAGGCUCUAAGCAUACCCAAAAUGGGUGACCUGCUGGCGCCGCUGGACGAAAUGAGCUACUGCAGCGACCACAGCGAAGACGACGACGAUGCCUCGCGGGCGGUGACGCCGCUGCCCGAUGACACCAACAUCUUCCUGGGCGAGGUGAUUGAUUCCUUGACCCGCGGCUACCGGGAAAAGUCCAAUCCCGACUUUCUUAUCCUGGAGAUCAACUCGUCGCGUUAUGCCUACAACAUGUCCCUCAAGGAGGUCAACUUCAAUGUGGUAAAGGCCGUCUUUGGCAUGCAAAGCAUUGUGGAGCCGGCGAACAGCAAUGUUUUGGUGGCCAUAAAUGCCGCCUUCAAGCAGCUGGGACCGGUAGUCUCCAAUUAUAUCAAGAGCGAGGAUGCCAUGCUGGACUGCCUCAAGGCACUGGAGGACGUUUACGAGGAGAACCCGCUGGUCAGGGAGAAAAUCUCGCAGAUUGUCCACUACCUGUACGACAAGGACUUUGUGUCCGAGGAUGCCAUCCAGGCCUGGUACGAGCAGUUGGACGACCAGGAGCAUGCUCAGCUGCGCCAGAGCCUGGCCAAGCUGGUCCAAUGGCUGGACCAGUCCAGCGAAGAGGAUGACGACGAUGACGAUGAGGAUGAGGAUUAACUACACUUUUGGCUAGCAAUUCUAAACGACUUUCUGCUCCUGCUUUUUGUGACUUUGUAAAUUCCUGAGAUCAUGCAAUGGUUUCACCGAAAGAUAAUUAAUAAAAGCAAAUUAAAAUUAAAA